AUGGCAAAAGUGACUAUUGGGGCUGCUACUGAGGUAGUUAGUGCUGGUGAGGGAACCUUGACUGGACCUGCAGAGAGGGGCAAGGAGGUGGGCACUGAGGCAGCCAGUGCCAAGGUAAUUGAAACCGAGAUAGCUUCGAUCGGUGCUACCUCUCCACUGCUACACAAUCGAUCGGUGCUGCUCUCCACUGUUACACGAUCGGUGCUGUUCUCCACUGCUACACUCCAAAGCUUCGAGUUUUUCGCUGCUUCUACACUAUCGUUGCUGCUGGCCAGAGAUAUCGUUGGGUUUGGAGGGCUGGUCUGGACUGUGGAGGUAUUCUAUAGAAAAUACAAGAAAAAUUGGGCAGAGGAUUAUUGA